ACCGGUUUGAUCAGAAGUCGGGAGGAGGGAAGCGGGACACAAAGAGAAAGUGAUCCGGAUCAGAACCAGCGGUGGGGCAGUCUGGGGAUCUCACUCUGAGCUGGACUGGACAGACCCGGCACACUCCCUGAGGGACUGGGACAGCUGGCCUGGGAGAAGCCCCAGAAAUCAGGGAGGUGACAAGGGGGCAUCCUGGGAUAACUACAUGCAAACUCUGCCCAAACUGCAGGUAACUGGGACAAAAGUGACCCCCGAGGACACAGUUUCACCCCUCCAGGUCCUGUUGAGUGCAUUUAGACCAGAAGUGUACUUGGUGCAGUUUGAGUGGUGAGAGCCCUGCAGGAGAUUUUUUUUUUUUUUGUGUGACUGCUGUUCAUUGAUUUGUCCACAAAGGCAAGAUUUCAUAUAAAGAGGACUUGUGUAUACUGUCAGCCCCUGCCCAACUAUGCAGGGUGUCACUAGAGUCACCCCUCUUCAAGUGCUUUGCUGCCUUCUUGCCCUGUGCCUCCUGGCGUCUGCCCAACUCCAUGGCGAAAAGGGCAUCUCCGUGCCAGAGCAUGGAUUUUGUCAGCCCAUUUCCAUCCCCCUGUGCACAGAUAUUGCAUACAACCAAACCAUCAUGCCCAACCUCUUGGGUCACACCAACCAGGAAGAUGCUGGUCUAGAGGUCCACCAGUUCUACCCGCUUGUGAAGGUCCAGUGUUCUUCAGAGCUUCGGUUCUUCCUUUGCUCCAUGUAUGCGCCAGUGUGCACGGUUCUGGAACAGGCCAUCCCUCCGUGCAGGUCUAUAUGUGAGCGUGCAAGGCAUGGGUGUGAAGCCCUUAUGAACAAAUUUGGCUUCCAGUGGCCAGAAAGACUGCGGUGUGAGAACUUCCCUCGCCAGGGUUCAGAGCAGAUCUGUGUUGGUCAGAACCAUACAGAUGACAUGGGGCCCACUCUUUUGACUACUAACCCACCGCUGCAUGGAACACCAGGACCAGCCAUCUAUGCCACCCUUGACCACCCUUUUCACUGCCCUCGAGUGCUAAAGGUCCCAAGCUAUCUCAACUAUAGAUUUUUGGGAGAGAAGGACUGUGCAGCCCCUUGUGAACCAUCCAAGAAUGAUGGUUUCAUGUUCUUCAGCCAAGAGGAAAUACAAUUUGCCCGAGUCUGGAUCCUCAUCUGGUCAGUGCUUUGCUGCGCCUCAACUUUUUUCACAGUGACCACCUACUUAGUGGACAUGCAAAGAUUCAGAUAUCCUGAAAGGCCCAUCAUUUUCUUGUCUGGGUGCUACACUAUGGUGUCUGUAGCCUAUAUUGCUGGCUUUGUUCUUCAGGACAAAGUGGUGUGCAAUGAGGCCUUCUCAGAUGAUGGCUACAAAACUGUGGUGCAAGGAACCAAGAAGGAAGGAUGCACUAUCCUUUUCAUGAUGCUUUAUUUUUUCAGCAUGGCUAGCUCCAUCUGGUGGGUGAUUCUCUCUCUUACCUGGUUCCUGGCCGCUGGGAUGAAAUGGGGCCAUGAAGCAAUAGAAGCAAACUCUCAAUAUUUUCACCUUGCUGCAUGGGCAGUGCCAGCAGUAAAGACUAUUACCAUUUUGGCUAUGGGUCAGAUAGAUGGCGACCUUCUCAGUGGUGUCUGUUUUGUAGGACUUAAUAGCAUUGACCCGCUGAGAGGAUUCGUGCUGGCACCUCUUUUUGUCUACCUCUUUAUUGGAACAUCCUUCCUUCUGGCUGGCUUUGUAUCUCUGUUCAGGAUAAGGACAAUUAUGAAGCAUGAUGGUACGAAGACAGAGAAGCUGGAGAGACUUAUGGUUCGUAUAGGAGUUUUCAGUGUCCUCUACACGGUUCCUGCCACAAUUGUCAUUGCAUGCUAUUUCUAUGAGCAAGCUUUCAGAGAGCAUUGGGAGCGUAGUUGGGUGAGCCAAAACUGCAAGAGCCUUGCCAUCCCGUGCCCUCUCCAAUACACCCCAAGAAUGACCCCGGACUUUACGGUCUACAUGAUCAAAUAUCUCAUGACUCUCAUUGUUGGCAUCACUUCUGGCUUUUGGAUCUGGUCAGGGAAGACUCUACACUCAUGGAGAAAGUUUUACACAAGACUCACCAACAGCAAACAUGGGGAGACUACAGUUUGAGGAUUGCUUUGGAUUUGUGGUGGGACCCAUCCCACCCUACUACGUAGACUACCGUUGACUGUUUACUCUUCAGCCAUGUUUUUAACUUCAUCCCACUUCCUCUGGAUUUGACUUUGGUCUGUGUAGUUCUCCAUUUGGUACCAUAGGUGAAUCUAUCUCCUGGAGCUGUAAUUAAGACUGUAAAUAGCAGUUUUGUAAAUUUCUUAUAUAUUUCUAUUUAAAGUAUUGGGCUAAAAAAAUGAAUUGCAGAAGAUUUUCGUAGACAUGAGAAGAUUCAGCCGUUCCUCCCUCCUCCCCUUUUCUUCAACUCUUAGUUGGCAGUACUUUCUCUAAAAUGGAUUCAUAUAGACUUCAGUCUGUUUAUCUUGGCUGUUGAUGGGUACUUCCAUUCUGCUUUAUGUUCAAUGUCACAGCUAAAUAUUUGGAUUUGUACUUUUUUUUUUUUUUUUCUCCUUUCCAUAUUACAUUUUUUGGGGGGGGAGAGGGAAGGGACAACCAAAAAACAUUGGAAAUUCAUCUUAAUUUUGUGUGUGUUAGAAGUUCUUAUAAGACAGACGCUGCUCUAAUUGUGCCUAGCAUGGCCCCAUUUUUGGUUGGGGGUUGGGGGAUGUGUAACUGCAGUUAAGAUUCCUUGUUUAUAAUGUUGCCAUUCUCCUAAAAAGCACACGUUUUAUACCCUUCUCCCAAUUUUGGUUUUAUAAUGCAUGAUUUAAAAAACAAACAAACAAUUUUUAAACACCUUUUCUAAAUUCCAGUUAAGUUAGUGGUUUUGUUUUGUUCUGUUUUUUUUUUUUAGAUAUAUAUAUGUUUACCUAGUAAUGCUGGGUUUGUGGUACAGAUUUUCAGUAAACUGGAAUUUAAGUGUUAAAGAGGGAUUAUUUUUUUUUUUUUUUUUUUUUUUUUUUUUUUUUUUCUACACCAUUUUUGCAAGCUUUACUUGCCCUCUAGGUGAAUCACUAAGGCCCAGCUUUUGUCUCCUCUAAUUUUUGGAGAAAUAUAAUUAAAAUAUUGAUGUGUUUUUUAAUGUUUUAUUUCUAUGUAAUGUUAUUGU